CUCGUCAAAUCGCGGGGCAUUGUGGGGCGGAGGCGGCCUUUCUAUGAGCGCAGGCAAUCGGCAAAUGUUCGAGUAAAUAAACGUUAUCAAAUACAGAGAGAGAGGGGUGACCAGUCCGCGCAAUAAGACCGUGUCGAGCCGAGCAUUGACAAUUAAACACUGUUAUAUUUAUACAUCACACGAACAUGGGACAGGAGGAGCUCAUGAAUACGGCCGAAGACGUGGCGGAUCAGUUCUUGCGGGUAACCAAACAGUACCUGCCCCACUUGGCACGUCUGUGUCUCAUCAGCACCUUCUUAGAAGAUGGCAUCCGUAUGUGGUUCCAGUGGCAUGAGCAGAGAGACUACAUCGAGGGUACCUGGAGCUGUGGCUACUUCCUGGCUACAUGCUUUGUGCUGCUUAACCUCAUAGGACAGCUUGGUGGUUGUGUCCUCAUCCUUAGUAGAAAUUUUGUACAAUAUGCCUGCUUUGGAUUAUUUGGCAUCAUAGCACUACAGACUGUUGCGUACAGCAUUUUAUGGGACCUUAAAUUUUUGAUGAGAAACCUUGCCCUCGGGGGUGGUCUGCUCCUGCUGCUGGCUGAGUCCCGUUCAGAAGGAAAGAGCAUGUUCGCUGGAGUCCCCUCCAUGGGAGAGAGUUCGCCGAAGCAGUACAUGCAGCUGGGCGGUCGAGUACUGCUAGUGCUCAUGUUCAUGACUCUGCUGCACUUUGACUCCAGCUUCUUCUCUAUCCUGCAGAACAUGGUGGGGACUGCUCUCAUCAUCCUGGUGGCCAUCGGCUUCAAAACUAAGCUGGCAGCGCUGACCCUCGUCGUGUGGCUUCUGGCCAUCAAUGUCUACUUCAAUGCUUUCUGGACCAUCCCCGCCUACAAGCCCAUGCACGACUUCCUUAAGUAUGACUUCUUCCAGACCACCUCUGUCAUCGGUGGCCUGCUGUUGGUGGUGGCGCUCGGGCCUGGUGGAGUGUCCAUGGACGAGAAAAAGAAAGAGUGGUAAUAGGCAAAAAGGGGAUAAGAUGAGAGGAUUUCUCAACACCACUAACUUCCCCCCACGACCGGGACACAAAGACCCUCCCUCUCCUCCAGUUUCCCACCACCAUGGUACACAGUUGUUUUUCUAGUAUUUUUUGACAAAAUCCACCGAGACCGUCUCAUUUUUUUGUCUAUUUCCCAACAACCUACUGUUUUUCUUUUAUUGUUGGUCAAGAUAAUGCCUCUUUUUUUCUUUUUCUUUUAUAAGAAGUCCAUGUAAAAGCCAAUGUAAUUUAAGCAGCAAAGAACAGAUUUAAUGGAUAAGUCGAAGAGAAGAUUUAUGUCGUGUUCAGAAGAUGAUUGAAAAUUAUUUAUUGUAUUUUAUGGGUGUUAUUCCAUACAUUAUUAUAGAUUGAUUUUCAUUUGUUCUGGAUAAAACUGGCCAAGUGGAGAGGGUGCAGCAGUGUGGGUCGCCCCAUGGAUUCUGAUCUUUCUGUCAUUGGACCUUGGAAGUGUCUGUGACUAAGUCACCAGGUUGAUUCUGAAAUCCCAGGCACGUUUAACAGCAGCUCGCGUUGACUUUCCAGGUUUUAUCCCCACUUUUUUUCCCUUAUAGUUUUCCUCUCUGAUCAAUUCAUUACAUGUACACCUACAGUCUCAACCGACUCUUGUUCAUGUGGAGCUGAUACAGGGAUGGGGGGUAUGUACAUUGUAUAGUGGUGGAUUGCAGUCAUGCUUGAUUGAAAUCUUCAACACCGUUGUUAGCUCCAGGACUUGUCAUUGGGCACUUUGUACUGUACGUCUUUGACAAAUGCCUGACUCGAGACUUGUAUUUCAUGGGUGAUCGUAGGGGGGAGGCUUAAUGUUUGUGAAGCGCCAUAUUCUGCUCUCUGGAAAAGCAACAAGUACGAAGCAGAGUCACUAGUCACGUGAACUUAAGUGUUUUCUUUGCCCUGUGUAAGAAAAUUUAAGAAAUAUUCAGUGUAUUAAUUUUCAGAAGUUUAUAUUGUAUUUUUGAUCAUAUGUUUUUUUGGUUUUGAACGUUCAUGGCGAAAGAAUAAAAAUUUAAAAAAUA